GCUCUGAGAAAAUACAUUGAAAUAAUUAGUUUAUGAGUUAAGAAGUAUUAAAUAAGUAAUAUUAUGGCAGAAGUCGCUAUGAACGGUUCAAAUAGCGAGGACGACGUUUUGCAGGAACGUCCCAGUUUGUCAACUGACGCGAACGGAACGACAAAGAUGGCGGCUCGUACUCGUUCUUCGUCUUCCUCUAAGAAGAGCAAAAGCAGGUCUACUAAGAAAAAGGACGACCAGCUAGACGCCUUAGAACAGAAAUGGGAAAGCAAGUUUGCCCAAUUUGAUUCAAGGUUAGAUAAAAUAUUUAAUUUUAUGGAAACUAGUCAAAACCCUGGCACUUCGGGUGAGCAGGUACAAAAUGUUUCUACUUGUAAUCAACAGGAUAGCGGCUCUUCGGGAGCGCGCAGACCUUUACAAGAAACACAAACUCCUGAUGUAAAUUUGCCUACAGAUAAUGAGGCAGAGGAAAAUUUACAUGGAGAUGUUAUGUCUCUGGCACCAGGCCGUUCAGAGAGACUAAACAUUGGGUUAUUCUCAGAUGAAGAAGAUGGGACUUCAAUGAGAAGUGACAAUGAAAACCAUAAUACUGUAGCUAGGUUCAGUAAAUAUUUAAAGUGUCAAGAAACUGAGGAAACAGACUCUGGUAUUGACAAUCUUAAUCAGUUAUUUGGUGACGACGCCAAAACUAAAUCAGUUUCUAAGUCAGUUGGCCUUGUUUUAGACAAAAGUCAGAUUGAUAUUCUUUCUGGAUCAUGGCAUUGUGAAAAACCAGAAAAGAUAACUGCAUACAAUGAGCAAUAUAAAUUGUGUUUCCCAGUUCAUGAAAGUUCUGAAAAACAUUUAGAUAUACCUAGUCUAGAUAGCUUUACAUCAGACCUACUAGUUAAAAAACAUGGUCAAAAAGCUUUUACAGUUUCUAAUAAGAAAAAGACUUUAUAUACACCUUUUCUAAAAUCAGUAGAAAAAUUGGCUUAUCAAGGACAAGCUGCUGCUAGAAUGGGUAUUGUUUCAUCGUCUUACAUGCAACAGGCAUUAGGUACAUUAUUAGAAACAUUAUUAGACAAAGAGGUGAAUAUGGAUAGGGCAGUACAACAAGUACGUGAUAUCUUUGCUAUGUCAACAAAAAGUGUUGAUCAGGUUGCAAGAGCAGGUGCAUUUCAUCACCUUAUUAGAAGAAAACUAGUAAUGGAAGAUACUGGGUUAAAUGACAUAAAGGAACUUAAAAAUUCUUUAAUUUCUUUACCACUUUCAAGCAGUGGAGUGUUCGGUGACAAGUUUGAACAAACCUUGAAAGAUAGGAUAGAAAAAGACAAACAACUUAAGGAAUUGCUUCCUGAGUUACAUAUUGGAAAUAAACCUACAUCUUUUCUAGGUAAAAGAAAAAACACUGCUUCUAAUGAUUGGCAAGCAAAACGUGUUAAACAAAAUGUUAAUCAGAACAGUUUUAAAUCAACUCCAAGUACUCAGCGUUCUUUUCAAAGAACUAGCACUGUUUCAAGACCUGACAAGAGUGAAAAUAAGUUCGAGAAAGCAGGAACUAAUUUUCGUCCCUCAUGGGGCAACCAGGGAAAAAACCAACAAAGAAAAUGACUAUUUAAAGACGCUGUAGUGAUCUUCAAGCAUUGAGAAUAGGAGAUGGUAAUAUUAGUGUACAUAGUACUGGUGUGUUUUUCAUUAGAGAAGGCCUUUCAAAGCAGGAUCAUCCUGGACAUAAUGGUUCAAAAAUAUUUGUUCCAAGUUUUAAGGACAACAAAUUAUUGAAUCCGAAAAGGUCAUUGUUUUAUUAUUUGAAAAUGACGGAUAACUUCCGUAAUUGUGACAGAAGUAACAGUAAACUGUUUUUAAGUGUAAAUAGUCCGCACAACCCGGUCUCUAGUCAGACAAUUUCGAAUUGGAUUGUCCAAACCAUCCAAAUGGCAUAUAAUGACAAAAACAAGUCUGUCAAGGCGCAUAGUACAAGAGCUAUUGGUCCUUCAUGGGCCCUUUUUAAUGGUUCAUCUAUGAAAUCCAUCAUGGAAGCAGCAGACUGGAGUAGAGAGUCUACUUUCACGAAAUUCUAUUUGAGAAAUCUAGAACCAAGCGUUUUAUCUUAAUCGUUGAAUAAGAAAAAAGAAAGAAAAAUAUAUAAAAAUAAACAUUAAAAAAAUAUUGUACAUUCAUGUAUAUAAUAUAUAGAUAUUGAAAUCCUCAUUUCCGACGAGAUGCGAUGGAAUUUUAGAUGAUGAAUAUAGACUACAAAGUGUUUGAAUGAUAGAAAAACAGAAUAUUCAUUAUAGUAUUAGUGUAAAUAAUAGAUGAAUUUUAAAUGGAGAAGAGGAGGAGUGAUUUUAUUGUUUUAAAAAUGUACAGUGUAUAUAUAUAAAUUGAACAAGAAAUUACUACCAACCACAGAACAAAGUACUGCUUUGAACUCUGGAUGUAUCCAAUUAUGUAAACCUAUCAGGUAAGUGUAACGUAGUGAAUAUAAAAUUAUAUAAUUUGGUUCACAAAUUUGAAUUUUGUGAACGGAGUUACACUUACCUGAUAUACUACCCACCUCCUCCCCUCAGU